CCAAACAAACUGGAAAACGAAAACGAAAUCAAAAUCAACAAAAAUGGAAGCUAUUAAUUAAUCUUCCGUUGUUCAUCAUCAAAACCCGAAAGCGUUUCCAACCAUAGCCAGCAACCGAUACAUAACGCUUUUUGGACAGUUUCAAUUAAACAAACAUAACAAAAUCCAUCUUAAUUUGAAAUCCUCUCGAGGUUUCGUUUCAAUGGCUUCCAAACAAAUCAUUCAUAAAUAUCCCACCACAAGGGAAGAACGCAAAUCAGAGCUCAGCAAAGUAAUUUGGAUUCGACAUCAAUGGAAGGUGAAAUCGAGAGCCAAAGUCUACAAGCACUCGCCGAGGGGCUGCGACAAAUGGAGCAGCCACUACUGGAAAAUGCCCCAACAACAAACGCUAAGCCAACAAAAACGCCUGCCCAGAAGGCCAUAAGAAAGACCUUCAAAGGAACUGCCCAUUUGGCCAAUCUUCUCCCAACAGGGACCGUCCUCGGCUUCCAAAUUCUGUCCCCCAUAUUCACGCACCAAGGCCAGUGCCACACCAAGGUCAGCCAAUCCACCACACUUGGCCUUGUCACCCUCUGCGCCUUCUCCUGUUUUUUCCUCCUCUUCACCGACAGUUUUCGGGACGAACGAGGCAAAGUCCGAUAUGGGGUCGCCACGUUUCGAGGCUUGUGGAUCAUUGACGCCUCUGUCACUCUUCCUGAUGAAGAGGCUGCCAAAUACAGGCUUCGGUUCAUCGAUUUCUUCCACGCCUUCGCUUCUCUGCUGGUUUUCGUAGCUGUUGCUCUGUUCGACGAGAAUGUGGUUAAGUGUUUCUAUCCCACGCCAUCGGAUGAAACAAGGGAGCUCUUGGUUGUGCUGCCUGUCGGAAUUGGCGUCUUGUGCAGCUUGUUGUUUAUUGUUUUCCCCUCCAAACGACACGGAGUUGGGUUCCCCCUCUCUCGCCACUAGCAAACCAAUGCCAAUGGCCUCUCU